AUUAGAAAUGGCACCCUCAUCGAAGAGCAUUGAGUUUUUCCAAACUCCACGUAUUUUCUGGUUUAUUAUUAUACCAUUUGGUAUUUUAUUACUAGCGUUAUCUGUGUACUGCCCAGAUGAUAUACCUGGAGUAUUUGGACCGCUGACCACAUUAAGCAAGUACUUAGGGAAAAACCAUCAUGCUACAAUGGAGAUAGUAUGGAUAUUAUGCGUUUUGGCUCAUUUCCUGGAGGCAGCUGUGGCCGUCGUUAAAUNCAGGAAAAGCAACUUAACAAUGGGAUCCACGAUGAAGUGGUGGCUGCAGACGUUCCUGCUUGGCUUCCCCUCGCUAAGGAUCAUUCUUCACUUCCAGGCUGAUCAGCACAAAAAGUUACGCUAGCGCCUAUUGCCUAUCAUGUACACACUGUACAUUGAUCGAAAAUUCUAAAGCCAGAUGCCUUUAUUUCAUUUUUACAUAAAGCUGCUGUUUAUUUUUCUGAUAAUCUUAUUCCUAAUUGACGAAUUUCCUAUAAUCAGGCAAAUAAUGGUAUUAUUACACUUCUUACCAAAGUUAAAAAAAAAAGAAAAACACCUCGGGAUGUAAAUACUUAUAUUUUAAUUAAUAUAUAAUUUAUUUAAUUAAUAUAGAUGAAUGCUGAAUUGAAAAUGAACUUCACUGCCAGCACAUUUGACCACAUGUGUGUAGGUUCACCUGUUUUUACUGGCAGAAUUAUGAAUUAGGUUUAUAGUAGCUUUAAAAUUCCAGUAUUUAAUAGGUAUGAGAGAUGGAUAUUGUUUGCAAUCCAUUAAUUAUAGCCUUGUAAAGUGAUCCCAACAUUUUUUGAUUUUAUGGUGGUUUUACCAAUCUUAAACACUAAAAAUAUAUUUUAUAUAAUUAUAUGAACUUGAAA